GAUUAAUCGAUAGUGCAUACCUCGAUCGUACGUGCGCACAGUGACACUUGACAGUGGUCAAACUGGCAGCACCAUCUCACUACAUAACACAAAGUUUAUGUCGGCUUGUAAUCUGGUCGGUGGGAAGGAUUUGAAAACAAGAUAUGCAGGAAAAUUCGGUUGGAUUACAGUGAUGAGUUAGAAUUACAAAAAGAAGCGGACGAGGUGGAACAAUUUGCCAUGACUUCCUUAGGAAAGUUAAUAUUUGUAGAUUUACAUUGUAGACAUCCAAAGUCUUUAUCUACAGAUAAAUUACCUAUAGAUACCGUUGAUUCUUUAUCGCUUGCUUUUGAGGAUCUCUUUCACAUGCCAUUUGACAUUAUUGAAAAUUAUAGUAAUACAGUGCAUACUUUGGAUAUUAGUCAUAAUAAGUUUAGUAGAAAUUUACAAUUCUUGGCUGAAUUUGAAAAUUUGACGUCUCUUAACUUAGAUCACAAUAAUAUAGACGACAACACUGUACUCCCACAUAUGCCGAAACUUCAACUUCUGUGGUUAAAUCAUAAUAAUGUAGAGGAUUUGUAUCCAUUUAUAAAGAAUCUCUACGAGAGUGUACCAAACCUCAGAUACUUAUGCCUUAUGGGUAAUAAGGCAGCACCAAGUUAUUUGAAUGGUGGAACCUUUUAUGACUAUCUUCAAUACAGGUUGUACGUUAUAUCUUGGUUCCCUCAUCUGGUACAUCUCGAUGACAGAAGUGUGACGCCAGAACAACGUCAGGAAGCAAAAAGGCUUUUCAAACGACCAUUUCUAGAAAACUUUACGGAGCAUGCUCCUCUUCCAGAAUGCAUUAAACAAUUGCAUCAUAAACUUGCCAGCAUAUUCUCCAAACCAACACUGCCAUACAAAGCAAAGCCAAGGGGAACAAAUUUCAUUGUUUAAUACAGUAUUAAAUUGUUAAUGUGGAUCUGCUUGGAAGCUAUCCACUUUUACUAAAUUAGGAUAAAUAGCAAGACACCCAUGUUUUUAUUUUAUACAAAAUCGAGUGAUAGAAGCCACCACAUGGGGCAGUAACAAAUCAACAAGAAUUUUAUAAUAUAAAAUACAAUUUACACUGAAGUACAUGAUUAUAUUAAUCAUUUUUAUACUUGAGUCUGAACAAAUUCGUACACAAUAAAUGAAGAUGCUACAACAAUCGCAACGAGGAGAUAUUUUUCAUUCUACAUAUUUUUCACAAUUGAACAAUGUUACUCAACUACAAUCUAAAAAGUACUCAGCCCUACUUAAUUCCCAAUUUUUACAAAUAUUGUAUACUAUACACUUGUUACAUACACUGUUAUGUGUUUGCUCAGAGAUAUUUUAUACUACUGGCAAUAAUAAAUAAAGAAUAAAGGUUUAUAUUAUGAAACCA